ACUGUUGUUUAUAAAAUGCUAUACACGAGGUAGGAAUAAAGUGGUGAAAAAUAUCUGAUAGAAAUGCUUCAAGACACACAGAAAGAAAAUAAGAGAACUUGACACACGUUGAGAACUUGGAAUCAUUUUGAAGAACGCAAAAUUGGUCGGUUUCCAUUACAUAAAGCAGGGUUUGAGGAUUUAAUUUGAUAAUUAACUAUUUAGUAAAUUAUCCGGUGGAACGUACGCGCGCUGCAGUACUUUGGAUCUUGUUUAAAUGCAACGCGCAUCGAUUGCACUUUGGUACAAUAUGUUGAUUACACUUCUAAGUGGAAAUGGGGACGAUGUGAAGGCGCGCGUCUUUUCCUUGACACUGUUGUUGUGCAGAUGUUCCUGAAACCUCGCUCCAGUCUCUUCUAUCGCAUGGGGCACCCUUGGACUCAGUUUGCGCACGGAGAGGAACUCUCAAUAAAAGGUGACCGGAUCUCUGUUUCGCCAACAGACCGAGCAACGCAACUCGUGUACUCAGUCGACCAGAUCUCGCUGAGGAAGAGCGUAGUUUUCUGGAGAAAUUCUUCUCGUCCGGUUGUUGCCAGAGUGGUACAAAUGUCCCCCCGGACGUUGCUCGUUGUCCUCUCGCUGGUUCUCCUGGCACACCAGCCUUGCGAUGGCGGCAUUAUCCUAGACAAGAUCAGCAGCUUCGUCAACAAGUUCGUGCCGCUCCAGCGAACAACGACCACGGCGCUGCCUCCGACUGCGUCCACGUCAUCAGAGAGAGCUGCUGCAGCAGGCAGCCACGGCGCCGGCGACAACGGGACGACUGCAGCGCCGCUCUCUGGCCCACAGCUAGCAGUGGAUAACUCGACGCUGUCCGUGACGUCACUGCCAGAUGAUGUAACCACGGCCAGCUCGAAUAGUUCACAGUCCAAAGGUUUCAUCAUCGCCCCUAACCUAGUCAAAUGCGGAUCCGGUUUUAGAACGGGACACAAUGGCCGGUGCCACAGGAUUGUGUGAAUGAAAGAUCUGCACCCGUUUCAGGAUGCGAAAGAUCUUGUACAUAUUUAUCAUUCAUUUGUUCGUCACCAUUUCAUAAAAUAAAAUACUGAAAAUACUA